AUGGACCUGGCCACCUCCGUGGAUGAGCUGCAGGCAGAGGCCAGCUGCCCCGUGUGCCUGGACCCCCUGCGAGACCCGGUCACCCUCGACUGCGGCCACAACUGCUGUGGGCCCUGCCUCCGCCAGCGCUGGCAAGGCCUCCAGGACGUCCUCCCCUGCCCCGUCUGCCAGCACCACUGCCCCUCCAGGGAUGUCCACAGGAACCCCCAGCUGUGUGCCCUGACGGACCUCCUGAGGCAGCUGCCCCCCUCCAGGAACAAGAGGAAGAGGCAGGAGGAGGAGGCCCUGUGUGCCCAGCACCACCAGGCCCUGGCCUUGUUCUGUGAGGAGGACCUGGAGCUGCUGUGUGCCCAGUGUGGGGCCUCCUCCCCCCACCGGGGUCACCCCCUGGUACCCCUGGAGCAAGCUGCUGCUCAGCACAGGGAGAAGCUCAAGAGCUCCCUGGAGCCCCUCAGGAAGCAGGUGGAAGAUGCUGAGAGGGGCUUAGCCACGUAA